GGCAAAUUCACCCUUCCUAUUUUCUAAAUUCACAAAUGGUGGAAUAUAAAUUAAAGAGAACAAUAAUUUAUGACUUCACAUACAAAUGUUUUCUCAGAUCUCGUAUCAACUCAAGACAUGUCCUUCUUUCUUAAAAAACUCAAGACAUGUCCUUUGAGAGUAGCUUUGAUUUCAGUAACUCCCUCCUAAACAUUUCAUAACAUCAACAAGAACAUUUUAAAUAAAUUGUUCGUAAAAUAUAAUGUUUCAGCAACAAAUUACAGUAUUUGUCAUCCACAAAGUCUUAAAUAUCUUAUCUGAAGUCCAAUGAUGUAUCAAAUAAUUAUAUAUUAACCCAUUUGGCGGUUUAGUCUGGUGGUGUUGGUUUGAGACCAUUGAAUGAGGUAUUAGGUUCGAUUCUCCUCGUUGCCAAUUUCGAUGUGUUAAUUUAACUUUUCAAAAGGAAAUUGAUUGUAUACUGGCAGAUUGGCAGAUAAAUGCAUUUUUGUUUGUAAUAUGAUUAUUUGGCAUAAUUGGCUUAGGCCUUUCCUUAUGCAUAACCCUAACUAAUGCAUCUCCCUUAAUAUCAUUUUUUUUUGGAGAAACCUUGCCUCAUAUUUAGGCUCCUAUGUAUAAUACUUUUACAAAUAUCAAGAAAAUCGAUAUGUAAUGAUUUAAAUGUCAUGAUAAAGAGUUCCGUGAGCUUAGCUCAGUUGGUAGGGACAUUGCAUAAUUUAUGCAGGGGUCAUGGUUCGAACCCCAAACACCCCACUUCUCCACAUUUAAUUAUGUGAGCUCUAGCUACUAGACCAACAAAAAUAAAAUUCAUGUUAAAGGUAUAAAUUAAUAUAAUUUAAUAUCGUGAAUCUUCUUUAAUAUAUAAUUUUUAGGAGAUAUAAAUUAGUAAUCUAAUGCCAUGUUACCUAAAAACCAUAAGUCAUGUCCUUUGUUGCAUUUCUCCAUCUAGGGCAAAUCCAACCAAACUUGCUCAUAAUGGCCAAUAUAUUUAAAAAAUUGUAAAUAGUACAUGCAGAAUUAUCAUUCUUUAUAAAAAUAAGUUGACAUCAUUUCUUGUACUUACUCAUUUCCAAAAGGAAAUGAACGAAUACAAUUUAAUUGCUGAGGAAUGCAACCCAAAUUUCCUUAUAGAUGUGGAAGAGCUUCUUUCACAUGACAUAGCUAACGAAAUCAAUGAAACUUUUUCACCAAAACUUUCUUCUGACUCAUCUUUUCAGUUUCAAAUGCCAUGUUUUGACAACAACCCAAAUUCAUCCACUACAGAAAUGGAAAAUAUGAAUCACUCAACUCAAACCUCAGACGAGUCAUCGAGAAAAAGGUCUCGUGGUAAUCAUGGUCAUGAUCAUAUCAUGGCUGAGAGAAAGAGAAGAGAGAAACUCACACAGAACUUCAUUGCUCUUGCAGCUCUUGUUCCUAACCUUAAAAAGGUGGACAAGUAUUCUGUGUUAGUUGACGCUAUUAAAUACUUGAAAGAGCUUAAAAAGCGUUUGGAAGAAUUGGAAGAACAAAAUGAGAAAACAAAGAUAGAGUCACAAGUGAUUGUGACCAAACCAGGCAUCUACAGUGAUGACAAUUCCUCUACAUGUGAUGAGAGCAUUCAUAGUGUUGUUGGUUUACCAUUUCAAGUGGAAGCAAGAGUCUUAGGGAAAUAUAUACUGAUUCGGAUCCAAUGCCAAGAGCACAAGGGGCUUAUAGUUAAAAUUAUGGUCGAGAUUCAAAGGUUUCAACUAUUUGUUGUUAAUGGUAGUGUUUUACCUUUUGGAGAUUCUCUCAUCGACGUUACCAUCAUUGCUCAGAUGGAUGAAGGCUACAACAUGAGCAUAAAGGAACUUGUGAAGAACCUACGCAUGGCAGUAUUGAAGUUUAUGUCAACAUAAUAACAUGAGUGACAAAUAUUUUCCUUAUUGAUGUACGAUUUUUGGGUGUUGAAACAAAUAUCUUCGUGAAGAUGCAAAUCUCUGUUUAGUUUUUCUUCUUAGUUAAGAUAGUACUAUGUUGGAAAAAUAACAAUAAUCUUAUUCUUAUCGUCA